UUUCCGUGAUUUUCACAUUUCAUUCGCAAAAGUGCCGCCGUCGCGAGUGGUUGCCUCGCUCUCGCCGUCUCUUUUUGCGCUUUUGUCGCCGUCUCUUUCAUAGCUCCGAAAAAAGUCCUUCGAUCGAUCCAACGCGCAUUGACCUCCAGUAAAUCAUUUCAAAUUUUAAAUGCCCCAAAGCGGUCAGAUUUCGGCGUGAUUUAGCGAUUUUAGUUGAAAUAUACAUAUAAAGUGCUUUUCGGCUAUGGACACAAAACCAGAAGAUCGUUAUGCUCCAGAGCCGAUGAUCUAUAUGCCGUGUGUGUUUGUUGCUGGCUGCUUAAUUGUGCGCUGGCGUUUAAAUAAAAUCAAGUGCGUUUAAAUGUGAAAACAAAAGACUGGCAUUAUAUGUAUAUUGGCAAUUCAGAACUGGAGCUGGAGCUGAAAUAGCAUUUUUCAAGCACCAUUUGGUCUUAUCUCGAGUGUCGAUCCAUAAGGAAGAACUUAGGCAACAAACUGAAGUACACAACCACUAAAAUAAAACGAAACCCAAAUAAGAUAGAGUGCGAAAAAAAGUGGCCCACAACAAAUGACUCGUAAUGCAAUGCCUGGGCAAUUAAUUAGUGCAUAAACAUUUGAAUUAACAGCCGUAAAAGUUGGAGCCCCGUACACGAUCGCGCCUUCACUUGGCUCUCUCUCCCCUUUGAGAAAUCGGGCUCUAAGUUUUCCACCCUCGAUUUUCGCCGCUGGAAAAUGUAACUCCGCUACCACUGAAAAUUAUGACGCAAAAAACCCGAAAUCGGUGCGCAGCCUGAGGAAUAAUAUAUUUGCAAUUUAUGCAACAAUCGUCGCGUGGUUGUUGCCACAACAAAGAGCGAUUAGUGCACUCGGAGCAUUACAAUAGCCACCUGUGGAGUCCCAGAGAAGCCGUCAUCAUCAACGCAUCGUUAUGACUGUCGCAGCAAUUGGAUCUAAUCGGCACCGUCGUUUGGCUUUAAUUGUUUUGACCACCUUGUGGCUGCUAAUCGGGGCCAGCCCGUCCUCAUCCUCCCCAUCCUCCUCCUCCACCAAUCCAAAAUCCGUCAGCAUUGAGCUGCGUCGCAAGAGGAGCUUGCACUACAAUGGCAUUGAGCUGGAUGAGAACAACCUGGUGGGCCAUCUGAGGGAGCACGAGCGCGCCCUGAUCUUCGGAUCACGAUCUCCGGAAGAGGCGCCCGAAUUCAAACUCGUGCACUUGGCACAACAACGACCCGAGGAGCAGCAGCGGUUGGAGGAGGGGAAGCGGCCAGGUGAGGCGGAGCAGCAUGGGGGCAAUCCUCACCAGAGACGUCAGCGGCGCAGCCUGCCAGUGCAAGAUGGUAAUGGGCCACUGCCGCCGGAGGAGAAGGAGCAGGAGGCUGGGGAAGAUGUGGAGGCGCGGUUGCAGCUGCAGCAGUCGCCGCAGCUGAUCGACGACGCCUUCAUCUUCAUCCGACGCACCGAGAACGGCACCCAGUUCGUAGAGCACUCGCCGCAGCUGCUCAAGCGCCUGGACAGAUGCUUCUACCGGAGUCCAGCGGCUGCUCUCGAUCUCUGCGAGCCCGGCAAUGUGCGCGGCGUGUUCCAGCAGAAUGGCAGUGACCUGGUGAUCCAUCCGCUCCCCGCGCGCUUUGGCACCGGGACGCACGUGCUCUACCAAGCGAGGGUGGACAAGAACGGCGGCGACUACAAUGAGGCGUCGUCAAGGCGAACGACGUCGCCGUUAGACAGCCAGCUGCAGUUCGAGCCCGAUGCGGAAGAGUUCAACGAACCACGGCGGCGGUUGCGGGCCCAGUCUCAGUUACAGUCCCCGUUGAGAUUGCGCUUCCAGCCACGACAUCAUCACCCACAUCAGCCCCAUCAUCAGCGAAGACGCCGCUACAUUGGAGAUCCGCCGCGCUCCCGCUGGUCGGACAUUCCAGAGGAGCUCUUCAUUGAGACGGCCAUCUUUGUAGACAGCGAUCUCUAUGCUCACAUGCAGAAGAACUUCCCCACAAACACGGAGAGCAAGGUGGUCAGUUUCCUGCUGGCCAUGAUCAAUGGCGUCCAGCUGCUAUACCAUCACCCCACUCUGGGUCGUCGCAUCAAUUUCGUGCUGAAGCGCCUAGAGAUCUGGAAGUCCUGGGAUCCAUCGGGUCUGGUUCGCUCCAGGGAUGUCGAGAACUACCUGAACAGCUUCUGCAAGUGGCAGGAGAAACUGAAUCCCUUCUCCGACGCAGAUCCCUUGCACUACGAUCACGCCCUGGUGCUGACUGGUCUCGACCUCGUCACCUACGAGAAGGGCAAGGCCAAUAGCCAGGUGGUGGGCAUGGCGACGGUCAAGGGCAUGUGCACCUCCAUCUACUCCUGCACCAUCAACGAGGCCAAGCACUUUGAGAGCGUCUUUGUGGUGGCACACGAAAUUGGACACAACUUGGGAAUGCGACACGAUGCCAAGGAGAUUAGCUGCGACCCCACCAUGCACAUCAUGUCCCCGAAGCUGGGCAGUGGCAAGGUCACCUGGUCCAAGUGCUCGCGAACUUAUCUUGAGGAUUUCCUUAUGGAUCCCCAGGCGGACUGCCUCUUCGAUAGGGACUCGUUCGCGGGUCCUUGGGAUCAUACGGCAGGUGGUCGUCUGCCUGGCGAACGCUUCAAUGCCAAUCAGCAGUGCAUGCUGCGCUUUGGAAAGAACUUCAUGCAGGCCAGCACCCAGAGCAAGAUGGAAAUCUGUCGGGAUCUCCACUGUCGCCAGGAUGGACUGCCUUGGACUUCGCAUCCUGCGCUGGAGGGCACCGAAUGCGGGCCCAAUAUGUGGUGCCGAGGUGGAACCUGUGAGGCUCGUUCCUCCAAACAGGGUAGCUACUUAGCCCUCAAGUCCUGGCCUCCUGAACACGUUCCCGAGGCCACCCACGAGAAGAUUAUCCGACAUGAGCCGAACCGGAUUCCCCCGCUGCUGCACGACUACAAUCCGAUGGGUAAUGAGCUGCCAGGAUCGCCCUCGAAUUGGGGCGAGUGGAGCGAGCCGAGUGCCUGCGAGUCUGGCUGCCUCUAUGGGCAGUCACGCCGCCUCCUGGAGGGCAGCACAGGUCUCCGAACGUUAAACAGGAGCUGCCUGAACUUUCCGUCGCGUUGCAUUGGCAGGGAUCGGCGAUUUGUGACCUGCAACACACCGCAAUGCCACAAGGUGCCCGUCCAGACGAUCAACGACUUCGCCACCCAAGUGUGCAUGCAGGCUAGGAAGUCAGAUCCGGAACUCACCGGCGAGGGCCAGCAGCUGCCCAGCACGCUGGACGCGUCCUGCAAGAUCUUCUGCCGCACCCGGACCAAUGGCACCAAGUCCCGGCGAUGGACAUUCCCGGAUGGCACCACCUGCAAAGCGAAGCAACACAACCCCGAGGAUAUCACCUACUGCAUUUCCGGUCGCUGUGAGCGGUUCUCCUGUGACAAUUCCACCUCCAACUUCUUUAAGAUGGACAGCAGCUUCUGCGAGGCGAGAUCAGUGCGCCCCACUAGGGAUUCCUCAGAUCAGGAGAGCAGGCAGCAAACCACCAGCCAGCGGUAUGCAGAGCGCCAGGAGGGAAAACCACUGAAGAAUCACUACGAGAAUGAGGUAGCUAAGCGACCUUCCUAUGGCCAAGGCAACCACAUCAAUGCACCAGCAUCGCCGUACAAGAGGAGGAACUAUCACAAGCCCUAUCCUCCAGAGAUUCCGAGACCCCCACCGCCCGCCUCUGCAUCACUGAUCGCCCUGGAUCGUAGCUCGUCCUCGGAAUCGGAGUGGGUGGCGCAUCCGGGCUGCCACUCCAACUGCAUGACAGACUCGAAGGGCGUGCAGGGGGUCACCUCCCGGCUGACCGGUGUGGAAAGCAUCCAACUGUGCUCCUAUCGCAUUCAACCCUGCGAGCGUUUGCAGACGGCGGCGGAGUAUGCGGAACAGACCUGCGCCAGGUAUCGCCAGAAGGUGCGCGGUCUGUCCGGCCACGGGGCCCAGAUCUCGGCCAGCAUCGAUGAGCCGGACCGCAGCUGCCGCGUUGGAUGCCAGGACGAGUUCAUCAAGUACAGGUACUACCUGGUGAACGGCCGGAACGGACACUUCCCGCCAGGCACUCGCUGCUCGCCGGUGGGCAAACGAUAUUGCGUGUAUGGCAGGUGCCUGGAAUUCGGCGACGAUGAUCUGCCGCUGGACAAGACCCACAUUAGCCUGGGUCAACUGAGGACGCGCCGGAAAAGGAGCUCGCCCUCCAAUGACUUGUUCAACGUAACGGAGAUAUUCAGUAAACCAUCACAUUCAGAUAUCUCCGCCGAAAACAUCGAAUUCACCCAACCCAUUCACGUCUCCGCAGACGAACUGAGUAGCAAAAGCCGAUAGCCCAAUGGCUUCCUGGCCACCAUUCCCUUAGUCGAUUAAGUUCUAAGCUAGCUUAAGUUGCGGGCUGCUCCAAGGAAACUGCCUGAAAAACACAUUGAUAUAAGAGAGAAUCGAUUUGCUCGACUAUCAGAUACCCGCUACUCAGCUAGUGGCCGUGCGAACGAGAAAGUUCUUUUUGGUAUACUCGUAUAAUAAAAUGAAAAAUUGCAACAUUA